AUGGAAAUUUUUCAAAUACAGCAUGCUCUGGCAUCGCAGUCAUUUGAAAAUCACAUCCAAGAAGAUUGUCUGGAUGAUGAGCAUGAAGUUCAACGACAGGAGGAACAAGGUAGGCUGAAAAGCGAAGCAGUAACAGCUGCAGUACCUGGCUCAUUAGCGACUGUUUUGGAAAAUUUGCCUUUGGUAUAUGAUGCGAACGACAAGUGCUUGCAACAGGCUUACUCUCAUGUAAAAAAUUGUGGAUCAAGAGGGAAAGGGUUAUUCAAACGAGGCCAUCAUCGUAGAUCUUCCUAUGAAUCGGCUGAAAUCAAACUGCCGUAUCAUCCACGUCAGUUAAAUUCUCGUUAUAAUCAGUGGUUAGAUGAUAAAUCCUCAACAGCUCCAAGUGAUUUUAUGAAACCAAAAAUGGUGGAAGCACCAGUUCUUGAUAGGUCUAAGCGUUUUUCACGUUCAAUUUCUUUCAAAGAUGAUUGUGAUGAAAAGAAAGUAUGUAGCCAGAGUUCAAAAAAUCAGUCUCUCAUUAAUUUAACUACUGUGCCUAUGAAUUUUACUGCUAUCGCUACAGUUGGAACGGAUAUUGAUUCUGCAAUAGGGGAGUCUUUGAGUUCAAAGCUUGGUUCACUGGAUCGUCAGAGUAUGUUAUCUUCUGAGCUUAUUCGUGAUGAUGACUGUAGCAGCGUCGAUGAAGAAAAUGUCAGUAGCGAUAUUGUUAGUUUCUUCAGUGAAAAUAAUAUCACUAGUCAUAGUAACCAAAAUGAUGGUACACAGAAGCAGAAUAAAAAAGUGGAGCGCACUACGUUAUCUAUUUUACCGAAUAUCAACUUUACAAAAAUUUCUAGAAAACUGUUCUCCCGAAAUAAGCAUAAAUCAUUUCAUCAUGAGAAUCCUGAUGCCUGGCGAUUAUUUGGAAACAAGUGGAAGAGCACAGCUGGAACUAGUGCUCCCAAAAGUCCUGCCAGCUCCAUUACUGAUGAUCUAUGCUGCUCCACAACUGGUUUGAUUUUGGAGGACAGACCAAGCACACUACCAGCAAAAUCAUUAAGAGAACAGCAACGUCAUAAAGCGCAAUAUUUGGCACUUAUUGAAGCAAUGAAACGUAAAGAAGAACAUCGCGCACGUCAAAGACAACAACUUCUGGAGACUAAACGGAAAGAAGAAGACGAAGCAGUGGCUGCAGCACAAAUAUGGUGCCAGAGAUUAUUACCGAAUUGGGAAAAUAUGAAGGAUACCAAGUAUUGCCGCGAAUUAUGGUGGCGUGGGUUGCCAUCAAAAGUACGUGGUAAUGUAUGGUCUCUGGCUAUUGGUAAUGAAUUAAAUUUGACAUCAGAACUGUAUGAAAUUUGUGUUGCUCGAGCAAAUUAUCAAAGGUUUUCAAUAGCCUCCACAGAGCAUUCCUGCUCUAUUGAUUCUACAAACAGUUCGAUGAAAAGUGGCAACGAGUUUGUUCCACAUCUGUUUUUAAAUGCUACUAAUAAUGUGGAGCAGAGGAUUGGACAUGAAAAUACUGUUGAACUGAUUCAUUUAGAUGUCUUUCGUACCUUCCCUCAUUUGGGUUUCUUUCAAAAGGGUGGGCCGUAUGAAAAGUUACUUGUAGAUUUGUUAGGUGCUUAUGUUUGUUAUCGUCCAGAUAUUGGUUAUGUACAAUCUAUGUGUUUUCUUGGCGCUAUGCUUCUUCUCCAAAUACACCAACCUUACCAAUCAUUUCAGGCGUUUGCCAAUUUACUUAAUCGGCCGUUGAUGCUGGCAUUGUUCGGAUUACGACAACCUCAAAUGACAGUUUAUUUCAUCGCUUAUGAUCAGUAUUUCGAGCAAGAACUGCCUCAAUUGCAUCAUCAUCUCGAUGUGCUCGAUGUACGACCUGACCUGCUCUAUCCUCUUUAUGCAAAAUCACUACCAUUUGAUGUUUGCUGUAGAGUUUGGGAUGUUUUUCUACGUGAUGGUGAACAGUUUUUGUUCAAUACUGCUUUAGGUAUUAUGAAUUUAUAUCAUGAUGAAUUGAAAAAUAUGGAUAACUUUGACGCUGUAGUCCAGUUUCUUACCCAUUUACCGGAAUCAAUGGAUGUAAAUCAAUUAUUCGAUGCUAUAGAGCCUUUUAUGAAAAUUUCUUCAUCGUUAUCUUUGGGGACUAAUACAGAUUAUGGGAUUGGGAAAAAACGCUCAUUUUUACAGAUUUAUUCGGAUGUCAGUGAGCGCAUCGGUCAAACAGCUUCAGUGAUUCAUGGAAGUGCUGGGGUCAAUUCUGUUUCACCGCCUGUAACUGCGUCAUGUCAAAAUAUGGAGUCAAAAACGGAAGAAACAUUUUUGUCUCCAUUGUGUGCUACAUCUCAGGCAAUUAGUACCUCAGUCAAAGAUUCAGAACAUGUUGACUGCCAGCAAGCAACAGAUUUUCGCUCCAAUGUACAGGCGCUGAAAAUUAGCAAGAGUUUGAGUGGAUUUUUAGAUGAUUUAUUACGAGGUACACCGUCGCAAGAAGUUAAUGUGUUUCCGAAGAGGAGUAGGGCUCCUACUGCUGUUUAA